GCUGCGCUGGGCGGCGGCGGUAGAGCGGCUCUCCCGCCCCCGGCCCUCCGGCCUCCAGCCCCCCGGGACGGAGCGCCGAGCAGCCCCCGGCUCCGGGACGCGGACUAUGGGCGAGGAGCGCUGAGCGCCGGGGGAAGAGCUGAGGAUGAAGCGGAGAGCAUCAGACAGAGGAGCUGGGGAAACGUCUGCUCGGGCGAAGGCUCUUGGAAGUAGCAUUUCUGGGAAUAAUGCAAAGAGAGCUGGGCCAUUUAUCUUAGGUCCUCGAUUAGGUAAUUCACCAGUGCCCAGCAUUGUCCAGUGUUUGGCAAGGAAAGAUGGGACAGAUGACUUCUAUCAGCUAAAGAUUCUGACCCUUGAAGAAAGGGGGGAACAAGGCCUAGAGACCCAAGAGGAAAGGCAAGGCAAGAUGCUGUUACACACGGAGUAUUCUCUGCUUUCCCUUCUCCACACUCAGGAUGGCGUAGUUCACCACCACGGGCUCUUCCAGGACCGAGCUUGUGAAAUCGUUGAGGAUGUAGAAUCUACUCGGAUGGUCAAGAAAAUGAAAAAACGUAUCUGUCUAGUCCUAGACUGCCUUUGUGCACAUGACUUUAGUGACAAGACUGCAGAUCUGAUCAACCUCCAGCAUUAUGUCAUAAAGGAAAAGCGGCUGAGCGAAAGGGAGACAGUAGUUAUAUUCUAUGAUGUGGUCCGAGUGGUGGAAGCCUUGCAUAAGAAAAACAUUGUGCACAGAGACCUGAAACUUGGCAAUAUGGUGCUAAACAAAAGAACCCACAGGAUAACCAUCACCAACUUCUGUCUUGGAAAGCACCUUGUGAGUGAGGAUGAUUUGCUGAAGGAUCAGAGGGGGAGCCCAGCAUAUAUCAGCCCAGAUGUGCUCAGUGGUCGUCCAUACCGGGGGAAGCCCAGUGACAUGUGGGCAUUGGGAGUGGUGCUCUUUACCAUGCUGUACGGGCAGUUCCCCUUCUACGACAGCAUCCCUCAGGAGCUCUUCCGAAAAAUCAAAGCUGCCGAGUACACGAUCCCAGAGGAUGGCCGGGUUUCUGAGAAUACUGUGUGUCUCAUCCGAAAGCUGCUAGUCCUUGACCCUCAGCAGCGCCUGGCAGCUCCGGAGGUGCUAGAGUCUCUCAGUGCCAUCAUCGCCUCUUGGCAGUCUGUGUCUUCACUCAGUGGACCUUUGCAAGUGGUUCCAGAUAUUGAUGACCAGAUGAACAGCUCCGACAGCUCGCAAGAGGCCAAGGUGACCGAGGAGUGUUCCCAGUAUGAGUUUGAGAAGUACAUGCGGCAGCAGCUGCUCCUGGCAGAGGAGAAGAGCACCCUGCAUGAAGCCAGAAGCUUCCUGCAGAAGCGGCAGUUUGGGAGCGUGCCCCCAGUGCGGCGGCUGGGCCGGGACGCCCAGCCCAUGAACCCCCUGGACGCCGCCAUCCUGGCACAGCGCUACCUCCGGAAGUAGCGAGGGGCACUGCCUGUCCUCCAACAACAGCAAUAGCUACCCCUGCCCCCGCCCCCAGGGCCCCUGGGGGCCCAGCAGGUGACCUCAGCUCUCCAGAGGCACCAGUAGUGGCCACUUGGAGGCCACUUUCUCCAGAGCAACACACUCUGCUAGUGUCUGGAAUGAUCGAUUGGCUGUUUGUUUUUUAAUCUGAAAAGACUAGACAACUAAUCUGCUUUUAAUCAUGACUUUUUAAUCUACCUCUGUCUUUUUAACCAACCACGCUGUCUCUGGAUUGAGUGACCCUGGAGAGAGCCCUGGGCGCCCCCUCCUGGCAGGGUGGGCCAGGUAUCAGCUCAGGUGUGCUACUCCAGGGGGUUUGAAUAAGCUGAGUGGUGGGAGUUUAAGCAGCUUCACUGUUUCUUAAAGCCUGUUUCUCCCUCCUUCCUGAGUCCCUCCCCCACCUUUCCCCACCCUGACUUCCAUAAGCUUCAAGAAACCUUUGCCUCCUCUUAAACCUGGUUCCAAAAUAUUUAUUUUUUUUUUUUUACUGAAAGGAGCUAGUUUCCACCUUCUCUGUGGCUUGGCCUGGGCCCCGUUCCCCAAGCCCACCAGUCAUUGGGGGCACAGCCAAUUGUCCAGUCUAAACCCCAACAGACAUUGACCUUCCAGAGGUGAGGGGACUGGUGGAAGGAAGCCACCCCCACCCCCUCUGCCUCUUACUUUGGCUCUCCUCCUAAAGUGAGUAUUUUCUUUUUUAAAACGGUCUUUGACACUAUUGGUUUUCCUCUUUUUCAUAGCUUAUCUGAGGUGCCGUACACUUGCAUUACUUCUGAUUUCCCAUCUUUACACUCAUUGUGGUACACAGAGAUCUAAUCUAUGACUUACAAUGUGAAAGACAUUCCUCAGAACAGCCAAUCUGAGAUUUUGGCCGGCCGAUGGGGGGCAGUCUGCUGUCUCUGCUGUAUGUUUCUCCUCGGUAGCUAGCAUCCGUGGCCCGUAUGUGCCCCUGGAACCUCUUGGGGAGGAGGCUGUGCCUCCUGGGGCAGGAGGAGGCGCCCCCAGAUUAGAACAGCAUACACCCUUUUUUCCCUUUUUGAGCCUCUUGUGAACUGGAUGCCUGUCUUGCCAGAUAUACUGUUCUUCCCCAAAGCCUCCUCUCUGACGCUUCCUCCAAGCACUGCCCCAUUCUCACUGAAUCCCCUGCGGCCCAGGGUGAGCUUGAGCAGCCUGGCAUUGGCGCAGUUAUCCAGAUGUCUGGGAGGCUGAUGCUCAGGGCCAGCCCUCAGCUCUUGCUCAGAUAUCCCCAUUAUGGGCUUUGUUUUUCUGUUCCUUUUUCCCUUUCUCUUCUCCUCCCUCCCCUCGCCCUUCCCCCCAGUGAGAAGACAGGUUCCUGCGGCUGACAGGUCCCUGGCCUAGUUCAUAGUGUCGCCGUUUCUACAGUUGUAAUUUGAAGGGCCCCUAUGAGCCGCCCCUCUCCAAAGGCAGUGCAGAAGGAAGGAAAAUCUGAGGCUGCCCAUGUUUCUCUCCCUUAUCCCUGCUUCCCCCCAUGCUGACUCACUGUGAGUGACCUUGGGCAAGUUACCAAACCUCUUUGUGCCUCAGUUUCCCCAUCUGGAAAAAAUGGGGCCAACUCUUGCCAGCAAGUUAGCAGGGGCUACACACUUUGUGGGCUGAGGAGGGGGCAGCUGGCCCCGAGCCCAGCUGGAGUCUCACUCUCCUGGCCCUUUGUUAGCUUGGUUAGUUGUUUUGGGGAGAGCUCUGUGUCUGUUCCAUGUCCUGUGUUUUCUUCAUGUGUGUGAGCCCUCCCAGCCCACACAGACGUCUCGAUGUGUCAAGCACUUAACCCCUCAGCACCGGGCAGCAUGUUCUGCCCCUAAAAUGCUGCAGGGAGAGGGGAGGUCCAGGCUGCCAGACCCAGCCCAGCAUUGGGAAAAGGAGUACGGGGUGGGGGGAGGAGUCUUGUUUUUUAUAUUUAUUUUUAAUGAAAAAAAGCUCUAAAUGGAGUAGAAUCACAAUCCGUGAGUCCAGUGUCAAGUGGUGGCUGAUGUGGGGUCCCUCCUCCCCUCCUGGAGCAGGGUAUGGCACCUCAGGCAUGGCCAGGCCCACAGAGGCAUUGGAUGGUCCCCAGCACUGUCCUGGAGCAGGUGGGCAGGCCCUCCAUGGCCACUCUCACCUCCACCUGCUCUCCCUGCAGCAUCUCCCUCAGCAACCUUCCUAGGAAAGGUCUGUUUCUUGGUGAUUGGGGUUUUUUUCCCUCCUUUUCAAAGCAAUAUUCCGGGGACUGUGCAGAGUUGUAUCAUAUUGAAUCUUCCUGUCCAUAGUUAGUCGACAGAUGAUGAUCCCAGGUUUAUAUGACAGGGGAGGAGGGAGGACAGGGCUUAGAGGUGGCCCUGCAGAGCUGUAGACUGGGCAGGGCCUCACUGGGCACAGGAGAGGACAUCUGUGUCUGAGCUGCUUGUUUCAGCGUUAGUGAAAUGACAUGCUGAAGAGAAGGCCGAUUGUAAAGAAACAAAAUAAAAUGUAAAAGUCACAAAAAAAUUUGUAUAAAGACCUAUUUUUGUACUACAUCAGAACUAUUCCUGCAUGUCUGCAAUAAAAUUUCCUAAUGUAGAACCACC